AUGGCCCCCGUCGCAACUGCCUCCAACUCCCAGCCUGACAAAAUCGCAGCCCUCAAGGCAGCGGCUGCAGAGAAGACUUUCAACCCCUUUUACUCCCCUCCCCCCAUCGAUGACACGAACGAUUUCAACUACAAAUAUGCGGAAUUCAAGCCCGCUUUCCCAGACGUCGCUUGGGAGCCUCUCGGAGAAUUCGAAGUCAUCGACCGUGGCUUAUCUGCCGAUCCAUCCAAAAAGAACCUUUUCAGCGCUGCCUCGAAGGUCAAGCACCUCACCCCGGCGAUUGGCACUGAGAUCGAGGGCAUCGACUUGAGGCAACUUACUGACGAGCAGAAGGAUGAACUUGCCCUUCUCGUCGCAGAGCGAGGUGUAGUCUUCUUCCGCGAUCAAGAAAUCGAUAUCUACGGGCAACUCGAGCUCGCCAAGCACUGGGGUCCUCUCCAUCGGCACGCAACCACUCCCAUCACCAAAAACGGGCUUGAACACGUCCAUGUUGUGUACAACGACGCUAGUCGCCGACCGGACCCCUCAGCCUUCUCCAAGUUGGAGCUCUGGCAUUCCGAUGUUACCUACGAACUCCAACCACCCGGCCCAACAUCUUUGAAGGUCAUUACCAACCCUGAAGUUGGAGGUGACACCAUCUGGAGUUCCGGAUACGCGCUGUACUCUUCGCUCAGCCCUGGUCUACAGAAGUACCUCGAGGGACUCUCAGCAGUGCACAGCGCCGUUGCCCAGGCCGACGGCAAUCGUGCUGCAGGUCUCCCUGUGCGUCGAGAACCCAUCGAAACCGUCCACCCACUCGUCCGAGUGCACCCAGCAACUGGCUGGAAAUCCGUCUUUGUCAACCCUGGCUUCACCCGUCGCAUCAUUGGCAUCCCCAAGGCCGAGUCCGAUGCCAUCCUCACCUUCCUCUUCCGCCAAAUCAGCGAAAACCCCGACUUCCAAGUUCGAUUCCGGUGGGAGACCAACUCCAUCGCUAUCUGGGACAACCGGGUCGUCACCCACUCCGCCACCUUCGACUUCUGGCCAGCCACCAGACACGCAUUGCGAGCUACUCCUCACGGAGAGCGCCCCCUCUCUGUUGAGGCUUACGAGAAGCAGUAUGGCAAGGAGGCCAAGGAUAGGCAGCUCGAGAUCUGGAAGCAGCAGGGCAUUGAGAAACCCCAGGCUACUGGGACUCAAAAUGGCACAGCACCUGUAAAGGCUCGGUACAACGACUAG